CUCCUAAAGACUAAUAAAGUCUUUCUUUCACAUUUCUUCUCCUUUUAGUUAACAAAACCUUUUCUUUUUUUGUCCGUACUGCAGACUUGUUCAUCUCCAGGUUUCACUUCUCUUGCUGUUUUUUUCACUCAUUUUCUUGCUUUAUGGAAAGCCAAGAUCACAAAUUUACUACCCCAUCAGGGCCUGAGAAUCAUGCACCGCAUUUGUGUCAUAAAUGCGGGUGGCCUUUUCCAAAUCCACAUCCUAGUGCUAGACACAGAAGAUCACACAAGAAAGUCUGUGGAAAAAUUGAAGGAUAUAAGCUUAGUGAAUCUGAAACAGCAGAUAAUUCUACCCAUUCGUCUGUUUCCGACGACGAGCACCACUCGGACGGGGAUCAGCAAACUCCAAGUCCUAUCGUUGGAAAGACAAUUGUUAAAGAGAUUAGUGGUAUUAGUGACAAAUCAUAUAGAUCAGAAGAUGAAACUUUCUCUGAUGCGGUUACGGAGUUUUCUGAUAGCGGGAUUAGCCCUGGGUUGGAAGAGCAUCCGGAGGGUGUCAAAAGUUUGAGAUCGAACGUGAAAAGAGUUGAUGAUGAGUUAUUGAAGGCCGAUUCAACUGGAGGUAUUUCAGGAUCCUCAAAUGAUGCCCGACAUGCGACUGAAGUGAAUCAUCUCGAAUCAUUUGAAAGUGCAAUCAAUCAGCCAGAAGUAGCUGAAUCUUUCGGUACAAAGAUUGAUUGCGACCCUAUUAAGUCAGAGAUACCAGUGGAUGCUUCUCUGCAGGAGAAUAAUACAACUGAAUCUAUUGAAGCCAGACACGUGCAGAUGUCUUCUGGGCAGCCAAGCGAUUUGAAGGAGAUAGAAGAUAUUAAUACCGGUGAAGGUUUAGUUGAUGCUGUCGGUGUUGCUGUCGAAGUCUCUCAAUCAGCAGUAUCUGAUACAGAUGGAAAGACAUCAAAUAAUGCAAGUUAUGAGUCAACGCCACAGGAGGCAGAGGGGAAAAAUUCAGACCCUUUAAACUUCCCGUCUGAUUUACUUGAGGCAGAUGAGCAAGCUACAGUUAGUGUUCCGAUUGAAGCCAAACUACAGCAUGAUGAGAAUGAAAAUCCUGAUUCUGUGGACUUGAAACUGGACUUGUCUGAAGCUGGUGUUAAAGCUAUGGCUGAUGAGAACAUUGAUAAGGAGUGUGAGCAACCCGAUAAGGUGGAGGACAAACAGAGAAUCUCCGUUGAACUUUCACCUCUUGUACAGGCGCCUAAUGUCCCUAUGUUGGAAUUGGAAGCUGAUUCUUCCAAGGAAAUAGAUGGUGGUAGUCAAACAGAGUUUUCCGACUCAUCCAAAACUGAGGAAGUGAGGGAAGAUGUGCAUGUGGUGUCUUUGGCAAAAGAUUUACCUGCGUCAGACAACCCUGAACUCUUCUUGCUUAAAGACUUCAAAGACUACAAUAAGUUCAAGUCUAGUUUGCCGUUGGAUCUUGGCUCUUCUGAAGUACUCUGCUCUUCUGAACCUGAACCUGUUUCUAUCGAUGGUGACUCUUUAAAGAAUUCUCUUCCUUCAGGUUCCCCGACCGACCACUCAGAUACGAACACCAUUACUUCAUCUGUUCAGGAAGAAGCCAAGCAAACAACAAAAGUUGAUGAUCCUGUAAUCGAAAGAACCGAAACAAUUUUUACCAUGGAAGAAGAGAACAAGGGUGGACAUCCAGAAAAUGAGCUUCUUGCAAACAAGGAAACAACCGUUGUAGACACUUCUUGUUUAUCUGAAGCUAAUCAAACUACGGUCACUCUUGGAGGAAGUGACCAUGACGAACAUGAAAAGGCUAGAACUGAACAGCCAAUUGUAACUGGGGGUGAAACUGAGAAAGAAAGAACUAAGGAAAAGCUAGAAGGAGUUUUUGAAGGUGAUAAAACUAUCUGCUCAGUUGGAGGGCAUAAUGACCCUGUUAUAGUUACAGUCACGACUGUGCAUGAAAGCAGAGAUGAAAUUUUUCAUGAAGCCUCCGAAGACAGCAAAGUAAGCAACAAUGCCAAAGCGUUGGAGCCUACCAGUGCAACUGGAUUGGAUUCCCAAAUAAUUAGUGAUUGUGAUGUGAAAGAGCCAGCUGGUUUGGUUGUCGAUACUGAUUUGAACGGUCGCGUUGUUGAUAACUUCCAUGCAGGAGAUGGCCUUAAGAAUGCCACUGGGGUCAUUUCAUCAGCCUCACUGAAUGAGGGUAAUGACAAGCUCAUUAAACAGAACGACACGGUUUCUGCAGUGGAUAUAUCAACGAAUUCGAGCAGCAGAGCCGAUAGCCUAGAUGCCAACUGGGGUUCUGUUUCAGUGCUUUCCACCCAGUCGGAGUCGACAGCUGUUCCUGAUGCCGAAGCAACUGAUACUCGCGAGAAAUCGGAGCGUGUCUUGCAGAAACCAACUUCUGGAGCUGAGGAGCGGCAUCCUGAUAAGCCAGAUGUUUACGAGCCUCCGUCUUUCAUGACAUUGGUUGAAUCCAGAGAAAACGCCGACAAGAAAGCUUCUGCUUCCGAGAUUGAAGCACAGCUUAUCGCUCAACAGCCCAAAACGGAAGCUCUAAAAGCCGGGUGGUUCCCUUCUAUUACCAACGUGGUGAAUGAAUCUCAAGGGAGAAAGAAGAAUGAGGAGAUAAUUGCAAAAGUAACAAACUGGAGCACAGGGAAGCAACACACUCCAUUGAAAAAUCUACUCGGUGAAGCCAAAUCUCCAAACACAAAACAAGUGCCUUCUGUUAACCAGAAAGAUGAAACUGCUGCCACUAAGAAGAAUGGGGCUACAACCGUGACGACAGUGAACUCUAUUCUAAGCUCGGAGGCACCAACUGAGCAGGCUGCCGCGAGUAAGGAGGCGGAGAAAGAAUGGAAUUCUCCCGCGAGGUAUCCAGUUGACAUUAAGAAGGAAAAGAGGAAGACGAAACCGUAUUGGGUACCAUUUGUUUGUUGCUCUUCAGUACAUCAAGACGCAUAGUUUUCUUCGUUCGUUUUCUUAAACUCAUCAUGUAUUGUACGUAAAUUCGGCUAUGCACUUCUCUCUUAUUAUGUGCUGUGAACUCCUCAGACAUUAUUGAUUCAACUGCAGGAGUUUGUGUAGCUUCUAAGUCAUAUCUUUGCUUCUACAAUGUACAUUUGGAUGUUAAGAUGCAUAGGUUUCUCCUGCAUGCAGUUGUCUUUUGCUUCA